AUGGUUAAUGACCAUUGCCAUAACUUCCACUCGAUUAAACCUGUUAAAACCUUACCCAGCCAGCCAACCAGACCCGCCGCCUCUACCAACACCGCCUGUGCCCAACAGCAAAAACCAGAGCACCCGCGCUACAACAACAAGGCCGCCCGGCUCCGCACCUUCAAAGACUGGCCCAAGAGCAUGAAGCAGAAACCCGAGGAGCUCGCCGAGGCCGGCUUCUACUACACCGGCCAGAGCGACAAGACCAAGUGCUUCUACUGCGACGGAGGACUCAAGGAUUGGGAGGAGGACGACGUCCCAUGGGAGCAGCACGCGCGUUGGUUCAACCGGUGCGCGUACGUUCAGCUCGUCAAGGGAGAAGAUUACGUCCAGAAGGUCAUGAGCAGCCAAAUUUAA